AAUCAGAGGCGAGGCCGCCUGCGCAGAGGGCUGGGCGCGAGAAUCGGCGGGAUGGACAAAAAUCAUAACGCCAAACAGAAACACAGACAAGUUAGACGGAAACAGCGAGUAAUGAAGCGAUGAGUUAGUCUCUCCUGCGUGAUAUCGGCUCUUUAUGUUGCCAUAUUAUUAUUAUUUUUAGAAACAAGCAAAAGAAGAGGACGGAGUGACGCUUUUUUUGUUGUUUUUUGGAACGAUGCUCACCACGCUGAGUCAGGCUUUCACACAGAGAGCGUAAUGUUAUGGACUGUACAUUAACUUAGCUCACUGGCUAGCCGCAUAAUGCUAGCGAGGAAACGAGCGAUGACUGACAGACAGCGAUUUCUAUGGAUACACAUGUAUUAACGUGGGAUUUUUAUAAAGCCGGCAAACACAGGUUCGUCUUUGAAAAGGUUCAAUCAUCCCACCGACUGUCAUGGACAACGUGAAACCACGCAGCAAUGACGAGGACGAAGAGCUACACUCCACAGACCCAGAGAGUAAAGAGAAGAGCAAAGAUAAAAAGACCCUGUGUAAAGUAAAGUGGUCCCGAGAUGAGGAUGAAAAGCUGAAAAAACUUGUAGAGCAACAUGGAACCGACUCCUGGAAAUUAAUAUCUAACUUUUUCCCAGGGAGGACAGAUGGCCAGUGUCAGCACCGCUGGCAGAAGGUGCUCAACCCCGAGCUGGUGAAAGGACCCUGGACAAAAGAGGAGGAUCAAAAGGUUAUUGAUCUGGUGCACAAGUAUGGCCCCAAGCGUUGGUCUGUGAUCGCUAAGCACCUCCAGGGAAGGAUUGGAAAGCAGUGCCGUGAACGGUGGCAUAAUCACCUUAACCCAGAGGUGAAGAAGUCUUCAUGGACUCAGGAAGAGGACCGAAUCAUCUAUGAGGCCCACAAACGGCUUGGCAACCGCUGGGCAGAGAUCUCCAAGCUUCUUCCUGGAAGGACGGACAACUCCAUCAAGAACCACUGGAACUCAACCAUGAGGAGGAAGGUGGAGCAUGAGGGGUACCUGCAAGAUGGCAGCAAAAAUUUCACCUCUUCUCAUACUGGAGCGAAGAGACGCCACCACAGACCGUGUCCUCCGACUCCAACAGAGCCCCAGCACUGCGAUCGCAGUCCCUUGCCGAUACUUGGACCCAACCAGAUGGGCGGAUAUCCUUAUGAUCCUCACAGUGGACACUUGAUGGAGAGUCUUCCUGAUAAUUCAGGCUUCAUAUCGCCAUCCUGCCUGGAUGAUCCUGACAGAGAGCAAAGAAUUAAGGAGCUUGAACUGCUGCUUAUGUCAGCAGAGAAUGAAGUCCAACGACAAGUGCAGUGCAGAGGUCCAUGUAGUCUGGAGCAGUGCUCAGCCUGGUCCGACAGUGUGUCAGAUGAUACAAUGACCACAAGUAGCAGCAGCCUAGAGGAGCAAGCGGAGAGAAGGUCCUGGAGAGGCCCUGAGAUCCCACAGGGACCUCCACCACAGCUUCCUGUCUCCCCCAGCAAGUUCCUGGCCGUAGAGGCCAGCACUGUGCUCUCUACCCUGCAGACCAUACCGGAGUUUGCAGAGACUAUGGAGCUCAUUGACUCAAUGUGUUUUGCUCUGCAGGACCCUGUUGCAUGGAGCGACGUGGCCAGUUUCGACUUGUCAGAGGCAGCGACACCACCCAGACACAACCAGGCCGGCUACGCCAGUCUCCUGCAAGAGAGGACGAUUGACAAUUCAAUGGGCUACACUCCCACUGCCAUCUCCGGUCGCGAUAAGAACUGUGCUGCAUUUGGGCUGGUCGGUGUCACCUCUCUGACUCCUAUCAACUCAUCCAAACCCUCCCAGGCAUCCAUUGGGAGGAAAAGGAGAAGAGAGAGGGGGGAACCAUCCCCUUUGUGCGACAGGACCUGCUCCUCCUUCUUGGAAAAUAUCUCAAAUUCUCCCAAGAAAACGCCCACAAAGUCACUGCCGUUCACCCCGUCACGAUUCUGUAACAUAUCGGGGGCGGAGCAUCUGAAUCUGGAUAACCCUGCCCUCACCUCAACUCCUGUGUGUGGCCAAAGGUGUCUUCUCAACACGCCACUCCAAAAAGAAACAACACCUAAGCACCAGAAAGAGAAUGAUGGAUCCCGGACUCCCAAGUUCCGUAAAACUGUCAUGAUCCCAACCCCGAGGACACCGACUCCCUUCAAAAAUGCUUUGGCUGCCCAGGAGAAAAUGCACGGGCCACUGAAGAUGGAGCCACAACCACUGGCUUUCCUAGAAGAAGACAUUCGAGAAGUUCUAAAACAGGAGACUGGAGCGGACAUCUUUAACAGAGCAGACAUCCAGCCAGACUACAGAGUGUGGAAACAUAAUAUUGAUGGCCCAGCUAGAAAGGUGCGUAAGUCUCUUGUCCUGGACCCCUGGGGGAAAGACUGCCUAAACGUCCAACUCUUCCAGGAGCAGCACAACAUCGCAGAAGUGCCAGAUGAAAGUCUACUGUCCAACUCUUCACUGAUCACCCCGAUCUCCGAGCAGGAGGAGUGUAGCCACUCUUUGUCUUCUAGCCAAGAGGAGCCCUCAUUAGUCCCCGUUCAUCCUCAUCGCUUUACUGGCCCCCGGAUGAAGAAGCUUCUUGCUUCCCACAAAGCACCAAAACACGCCACCGUACAGGUGAGUGAUUGGGAAGCGGUGGUUUAUGGAAAGACAGAGGACCAGCUGAUCAUGACAGAACAGGCCCGUCAGUACCUGAACCCUUACCCGUCAUCUGGCUCUAUCUCAAGGGCCCUUGUGCUUUAAAGGCGCAGGCAACACUACUAUGCCCGUCCAACAACUGAAACCUCCACUGAAUCCCGUAAGAGACAAUCCAGUGAAGACAAAUGAUUUUAUUUUAUUAUUUCUGAAGCAGAAAUGCACUGCCAAGGACGUCCACGAAAGGCACGGCUGCUGGUAUUGUUUUCAACACAUUUCUAGGUCACUGCCUGCUUCUCGUUCAUCGGUUUGGCUCGUCUUUUCCUUUGAAUACACACAACCUGGCAACAUAAACAGUUUUGUACAGGCUAGAACUUUUUUUCUGCACUAGUCAGUAACGUUGAAACAACCUGCACAUACAGUAGGCUGUAGAAAUAGUGUUUAUUACUAGCAGUGGCUGCUUCUGAGUUUUAUAUUGUUAAUAUAUUGUUUAAAUGACAAGAAAGACAUUUUAUAAUGUAACGCUACUCAUUGUGUUUCUCCUCCGGCUUGUUUUGCUAAACUGCCCCAUUGCUGUUAUCGGACAAAAACCACGUACAUGCAAAAAAAUGUGUAGCUUUUUUUGACACCCAUGUAUUUUUUAAAAUCACACCAUGGGUUUUUAACAACACAUACAUACACAAUACCGAAUAUACAAGAGUAUUAGGGACAGGCAUAAGGGGAAAAAUGAGAAAUGAGAAUCAAGUUAAAAGAGCACCUCUUCCAAAUUUGUGUUUUAUCCCUCUGAACAGCAAUUUUUGGCACGAGUAUUAACAUUUAUUACCACACUAUUUUUGUGCCAAAUGAGCAAUAAUUUAAUUGUUACUAAAAAACGAUUGUGAGGCACAAUUUUAGCUACAGUUUGAUUUAUUCUUUUAAAUCCUGAAAUAUCGACUUUAUUUCACGAAAAGGCAAAUCAAACUUCCUCUUACGCGUGGCUCUAAUACUCCAUCAUAGAAUAUAAUAUUAACAAUCACUUUGAAAAUCCUAGAAGCAAAAAUGCAGUUACGUGUUUUUUUUUUCGUGACGGUAGUGUUACGUUGCUGAAUGCGUAUCCACGGUGAUGUGAAGUUUUUGAGGAUGGAAAUAAGAAGCUGUCAGUAUUGCACUACUGAGUUGAUUUUUGCUGCUGAGAAAGGCGCAGUGUUUUUAAGGGCAAACUGGAUAGCACUUGUGAUGGUAUCUUUUUUUAUUAACAACACAACGUCUCCUUUCCAAGGCCAUAGUGUCCGUCGAGACAUCGGUUGAAUGUAUUUCAUUGCAAUGUACACGUGUAAGAACCUCAAAAAUGGAAGGGUACCUUUUUUAAUGUUUUAUUUCUGUUUGUUUUAUUUAUUAUCUGACAGCUCUAAAGCUUAGAUAUUAAUAUAAAAUCGGACACCAUGAGUUUUUAAGAAGUUUAACUUUGCUGACAAAACAGCCUAAAAACCCUCACUUGCUCUACACUACACUAAAGCAGUUCUCUCUGUGAUCGAGGAUGAAUGGUCACCAUCGCUUUGGUCAGUCGUUUUUAGUGUGUCGCAGUUGAUGCAGACCAGUUUUCAUGUCAUCAGUGUUCUACAACGAAGCAUUUGGUCGAGAAGGAUUUACUUUUUAUGUGAAGGCUGUAGGUUUUUAUUUAUUUAAUGUCUACUAAUUUAUUUAUUUCUAAAAAAAAGAAAAAAGAGAGAAAUUAUUGAAGAUUUUUAUUGUCUUUUCUCUUUCAAAAUCAGGAUUGGGCUACCAUUCAGUUUCAUUACUCCAAGUUAGAAGAACAUGCACUGCCACUAAUUUAAUAUGUUAAUAAUAACUUUUUCCUGAUCAGGCAAGAUUUAGCAAAUAAUCGUUGUGUAGUUGUAUCUGUGAUCUUGUAACAUAUAGAUUAGAUACAUAUAGAUACACAUUUUCUUCUCCUUUGAUUCAAAUGCGUUCUUCGCUAUUAGGUAGCAGGACUCCAUCUCCGACCUCUAAUCAUAAACAAAUUGCACUUUUUACUCAUCAUUUAAUUUUAAAUGUUUGUUCAUUCUGAUGUUGUAGCUCUUGUCCUUAUUUUUAAUUUUGUUUUGUGUGAGUGUGUGUGUGUGAGAGUCUGUGUGUGUCGGACAGCUGUCUCCCCGUUUUGUAAUGAAUGCUGACAUUAAGAUCUCGCUGCUUGAUUUCAACAUUUUACUCCUGUCCUGCUGCAGAAAUGUAUGCACUACUUUAAAGCCUUACAUACAACAUUUUUAAGAACUAACUAACAUCAUCCUGUUACUACAAGACCUAUAUUUGAUCCCUGCAACAGCAAGUAUCUUAAUAACCUUGUAUCCUGCUGAAAUGCCCUUGAGCAAGACACCAAACCCCCUAUCUUCUCACUCAUUAUUUGACACUCUUUGCAAGAAACAAAACUCUUGAAAUGUAACAUAAAUAUGCACGAAUUUGGGUGUGAUUUCUGAAGAAAUGUACUGCACUGUGCUUCCAUGUUAACAGGCUGAUUCACAUCGUUUAUAACCACCCUGAAGCAAACAUUUCUAUAAUCUGGUGAAGUAACACUAUAGCUCCAAACGGUCUUCUUUGUGUUAUCGGCAUUAGUGAAUCCGGUUUUAAUCUGGAUUAUCCUGCAUUAAGCAUUUUAAGUGUGAAUAAGAAGGGAAUCUUGUCAGGGAGAUCAAGUGGAAAGAUCAGGAGUAAAAACACAACUCUAAAACAGGAAGUAGACUAACAUCCACAUGGCGUUUGUAUAUGAAUCUGGUGGCUGCAAUGUGUCUAAUCUGUAUAUAAUUGUGUUAUAUGUUCUGUUUGUUGGUUUGUACAUUCCAUUUGUUAAGUCCGAGUUAAUAUGUCUGUACCUUUAACAACAUUCGGCCAUGUAACAUCAUAGGUUUUGAGGGAAUUAAGUACAUAUACAGGAUAGUAGCAGCUGUUAUAUACUACUGUAGUUAUGCAUGAGCAAUACAUAAGAUGCUGGACUUUGCUUUAAUUGACGAGGUGAAUCACAAGGUGUAACACUCGCUCUAUAUUUUGUAGCAUUUUCAGUUGAAAUCAUAACCAUAAGGUACCAUAGAAAUCCUGCCAACUGUCUUUGUAACCGUGUACUUAAUUUGGAAAAAAAUAAAUAAAUGCACACGUUGCAUGACAUCUAUGGCAUUUAAAA